AGACAGCUUAGUUUUUUUGUUUUUUUUUUAUUAACUUACCAUUUUUUUGUGCUGCGUUUUAUCUGUUGCUGUGACAUCUGCCAUGAGCGCGCUGUUUUGCUGCGAUGAAGCUGCCACAUGGAGGAGAGUUUAUGAGAAGUACUGGGAUGUGGUGGAGGCCCGAGCCAAAGAUAAGAAACCCAAGCUUCUACAGCUUGAUAAAUGGUACCAGGAGAAGCUUCCUGCUCUGAUUUCAAGUCGACCUGACAAACACCUCACUCAGCCGGAGCUGGUGAAACUGAUGGAGUGGAAGCUCACUAGGGGGAAGUUCAGGCCGAGGCUGCAGCAGUUGGUGGCUUCCAACAGUGAGGAAACUAUUCAAAAAUGUUCCAGAAAGGCAUUCAGCCUCCUUCCUGAUGUGCAGGCUGCCAUCGCAGAGCUCAGCACCCUGAAAGGAGUUGGCCCUGCCACUGCUUCAGCGGUGCUGGCAGCUGGAGCUCCAGAACUCACUGCGUUCAUGUCUGAUGAAGCUAUGGAGAGCGUGCCCGGUCUGACGCCCAUCCAGUACACAGCUAAACACUAUGCUCUGUACCUGGAGAAAAUUACUGCACAGUCUGCAAAACUAAACAAAGUGGAUCCACAGCAGGACUGGACGCCCCACAGGCUGGAGUUAUGUUUGUGGGCGAUGACCACAGCCACAAAGCAGCAGCUUCCUCUUCUGAAGGAUCUCAAAGUGAAGGGCAGCCGCACACAGAAGCAGACCUCAGACCCAGACUCUGAGCAGAGACCAGCAAAGAAACUGAAGGCUUCUUAAUAAUCCAAAAAACAUCCACCGCUUGAGGUUUUAAGUGUCUGCUUCUUUUUU